CUUAAAUACCGGAGACACAAGGCAUGAAUUAACUUAUACUAUUAGUUAACUCACACUUGUGUAUGUAUAUGUGUAUAAUUAUAGACUCAUUUAUUUUUUAAAAUUCUGAAUAAUGUAUUUGAUGAAUAUAGGCAUUGCAUACAAUGUAUCACUCUUUUGUUCUAGGUAGGAAUUCCAUCUAAACAAAAGUUGAGGUUUCAAAUUGACAAGUUCCGGUUAGUCCAAGGACUAAAUUAGAUAAUUAAAAGGAGAAGAGGCACAGAGAAAACGACCGCAAAACUGAAGCCUCUAGGCCAUUCUAGCUUACUCUGCAGGCAAGCAGCCGACUGACAUCUCUUCGCUCAGCACACGCCGCGGCUUUUUGGUCACGAAACGAAUCCUCUUUCUUUUAGAUCGUCAUUCUCCUCCUCCUGCCACCGCUCAAUCUCGGAGCUAGCCGGCGAUCGGAAAUUACAAGUUCCCAUAUUGACGACGAUUUCUGUUCCGAUUCAGAUGGAGGGAAGAGGGAGAAUGCUGCCGCUGCUGGCUCUUCACGCCGUCGCCGAGUACUACAGACUGCCAUGGAAACCUCCCGUUACGGCGGGACUAAUCGCCGCCAAUACCCUCGUCUACUUGAAGCCUGCUUUCCUCCGCCACCUCCUCCCUUCCAUCGACGAGGUCUGGUUCAAUCCCUACCUCAUUCUCAAGAACAAGGAUGCGAGGCGCUUCUUCCUAUCACCAUUCUACCACAUCGGCGAGUCCCACUUAGUCUACAACAUGAUUUCACUCCUAUGGAAGGGGAUCCAGCUGGAAACCUCAAUGGGAAGUCUCGAAUUCGCAUCCAUGGUCGCCGCACUCCUCACCAUGUCCCAAGGGAUCACGAUGCUGCUGGCCAAGACCCUCGUCGUGUUUCUCGACUACCCCAAGCCGUUCUACUCCGAAUAUGCUGUCGGGUUCUCGGGAGUGCUGUUUGCGAUGAAGGUUGUCCUCAAUUCUCAGUCUGCAGAGUAUGCUCACGUGCACGGACUGGUGGUGCCAUCUCGAUAUGCUGCUUGGGCUGAACUGAUUCUCAUCCAAAUGUUUGCCCCUGGCGUCUCGUUCCUUGGCCACCUUGGUGGCAUUCUGGCCGGGAUGCUCUAUCUCAAACUCAAGGGCGAGUACUCGGCCUCAGGCUCAGGUUCAGGUCCUUUGGUUAGAAUGCUCCGGGGUAUUGUUGGCAUAGCGAGCUGGCCGCUGAGGGCUGCAAGGGGAUUGUUUCAACCCAGGAGGACGCCACGUGUCUCCGGGAGGGCAACAGUCGGCAGGGAAAUGAGGGACGGGCUGUCGGGUAUAUGGAGAUGCCAUGCUUGUACGUUUGAUAAUUCGGGUUGGUUAAGCGAGUGUGAGAUGUGUGGAACAAGGCGUGGAGGCUUAACGGAUGAGAUUGGGAUUCAAGAAAUGCGUAUGCGGAGGAUUCAGAGAUUUGGUUGAUAACUUGAUAUCAAGGGUCGGUAAUUGGUGCAGAGUUACUCCUUGUUCAAUACAGAUUUUGAUGAUGUUUCAUAGUUGCAUAGGGAUGUAGGGUGCUUGCUGGAUGCUCAAUUUAAUGCUAAGUUGAGCCUUGAACAGAGAGUACAUCAAACAGAUGGCUGAUUUACUUAUCCUUACAACUGUUUUUAUCUUUUAUGGUUUGUAUAUUUGAUUGCAUGGAAUAGCAAAAGCUGGAUACGACGAUAUUGGAAAUGCAGAUAUCUUUUGCAGACAAGUAGCCGUAGUUAGUUUAUGGUUCAAAUUCAUCAGUUCAAUUAUUGCGUUUCCUCUGUGUUACAGCACUAGAGUAUGAUGGUCUCCGAUUGAUUCAUCACACAGCAUUGUACAGUAACAUCCAAGUGAAUACUGUUAUGAUUUCCACUCCUAAUUCUGAUGCAUGUUAGUUUCAGCUGCUGAUCUCAUUUAGGACUAGUGUCUGUAGUGAGCCAAUCAACACUACAUUGGCCA